CUACUAGGGUUCAAGCCGGUUCCCUCUCGCGUCCCAUUUACACCGGGCGCGAGUCGCGUUCCCUUAAAAUCCCUCGCGAAGCACCACAAUCCGCCGAUAAACAAAUCUCCUCUCCCUAAUUAACUGCCUCUACUGCUCAGUUGACCUUGAGGUUCUCCCUCUCUCUCUGCCACAAGAAGAAAGGAAUCUCCAUGGAUCAGCACCAGCAGAGGUUGGAUAAUGCUCCUCGGCCUCCCGCCAACGGCGAUCUUAUGGGCAUCGCGACCAUGGCGGUGAUCUCCAUUGUGGUAAUCAUGAUAUUUCUCAUGUCGUCAUUGGGAUCUGAAGGUUCUAGCUUCCAGAUAUUACAUCAAGUUCCUGAAGGCCAUGUUGGUUGUUACUGGAGGGGUGGUGCUCUUUUGAAUCAGAUCACUGAUCCAGGUUUCCAUCUGAAGUUGCCACUGAUAACCCAGUUUGAGCCCAUUCAAGUGACUCUUCAGACAGAUCUGGUGAGGGAUAUUCCAUGUGGUACUAAAGGUGGCGUGAUGAUCAGCUUUGAUAAGAUAGAGGUAGUGAAUCGCCUUCGCAAGGAGCAUGUUUAUGAGACAUUGCUAAACUAUGGCAUAAACUAUGACAAGACAUGGAUAUAUGAUAAGAUUCAUCAUGAGAUUAACCAGUUCUGCAGUGCUCAUACUAUGCAACAAGUUUACAUUGACAUGUUUGAUCAGAUUGAUGACAAAAUGAAGGAGGCCAUCCAAAAUGACUGCACAAAGUAUGCUCCAGGGAUUGAGAUUAUCAAUGUUCGUGUUACAAAACCAAAUAUACCACAUAGCAUUAAGAGGAACUUCGAGCAAAUGGAGGAAGAAAGAACAAAAGCUUUAAUUGCUAUCGAAAAGCAGAAAGUAUCAGAGAAAGAGGCGGAAACAUUGAAGAAGAUAGCAUUAUCAGAAGCUGAGAAAAAUGCUCAGGUCAGUAGGAUACUGAUGGAACAGAGGCUGACGGAGAAAGACAGUUCCAAGAGGCAGCAGGAGAUUGAGAAUGAAAUGUAUUUGGCAAGAGAGAAGAGUCAGGCAGACGCUAACUAUUAUAGAGUGAUGAGAGAAGCAGAAGCAAAUAGACUGAAGCUCACACCUGAAUUUCUCGAGCUCAAAUUCAUUGAAAGCAUUGCGAAUAAUUCAAAGAUCUUCUUUGGAGAGAAGGUGCCAAAUAUGAUACUUGAUCAGAGGCUGCUUGGAAAUUUUCUUCGGGGUGCUGCCAAGUUAGAGCAUACAGAGAUGUAGUUAGGGAUUGGCAAGCCACACGAUUGAUUACACUGGAAUAUGUUAAAAAUACGUGACACCCGGCCUUGCUUUUGCAAUUUUGCUUUGCCCAAUUUUGGGUUGGUUUGAAAAUUCAGAUGCUAGUCGUUCUUGCUGAUUUCUGCUAAGUCUCAUUUACAUAAGCAUCUUUUAUCUACCCUGGACUUUUUGUUGUUAUGAUGAAAUUGAGAUAUUCUUUCAUCGAUUGACACUGUUGAGAGAUACUAUAGAUAGAGAUUUUUUUUUUGCUGUUUGUACAUAGAGAUAUUGAAUAAUUAACUCAUGUGGUGUUCUACUCUUGUUUAGAUUACCGUGUAUAAAUCAAACAAUUAUAUUUGUUCUCAAGUCCGAAUUCACUC